UUAUAAUAAUAAAAUUAAAAAUUUUUUAAUACAAAUUUUCAUACAAAUAUCUCCCCACCCUAAAGCCCUUUAAACAAAUAAAAAAAAAUUUUAAACGCAUGCGUUUGAUAAUUAUACCCAACAACGCAUGCGUGUCUCCCACUCUAAUAAAAAAAUCUAAAUAAUGAAAUUUGAUUGGUGUAUUGCAUGCUAAAACUUCAGUAGUGGGAAAAACUACAAAUCCCCCCCACGUAUUACUAAACUGAUCGUGCACCAAAAGACUCCGGCACAGUCACACCAGGACACUUCAGAAGUGGGGGCAAAUUCAACUCUCGUGUGUCUCUUCACACAAAAAUUUUUUCAUAUAUUUUUUUUUUAAUCUUAAAAGUAUACUUGGCUCGUGCCAACAGCGCAGUCGCACAAAUUCUCUUGUCCAAUAAACAAGAACAAGACUAUACAAAAUAAUAAAAGUUAAAAAGAGAAGAAAAUAAUUUGUGUGAUUUAUUUGUAUGUGUGUAAACGGGACAUCUAUCGGGAAGCAAAAAAGGAAGUGGGAGUAACAACAGGCAAAAGAGAAAGAUAUAUAAAAAUUUAAGAGUGGGAGGAAGUGUGUGUGGUUUAUUGGGAAGUUGUCUACUGCUCGUUGGGAUAUGUAGUGAAAAGAAAAAAAAAAAAAAAAAAAAUACAGGAGGACAACGGUGUAGAGAGCAACACGAUGCAUCGUGGUAAGAUUAGCCGUGGUGGCCAGACCAGCCAGAGGCAGCACACAGGGCUCUCAGGGACUUGUCUCUGAGUUUCCUAAGGGGCUCCCCCCGCGUUCAUAAUUCAACUAUUCAGCAAUAUAAAAUACAUUGAGACUUUGAGAGUUUACAAGACUAACACACAACCGGGCUUAAAAAUUUUUACUCCAAAAUAUUCAUAUAUAUAUUUUCCUUUUUUUUUUUUCACUUAAUUUAUACACUUUUAUUUUUAUAAAUAAUAACAAUAUUGUUAUUGUUGUUGACAAUAUAUUUGGAGUAUGAAAAAAAUUUUAUUUUGACAAAAAUAUUAUUAUUUUUAUUGCUGUCAAUAAGAGACACUUGGUUAUUUUUUUUCUAUUUUGAUUUUUUUUUUUUUUUUAAAUCGUGCAACGAUGGAAACGAAAGCGACAUCAUCACCGAGGCUACUUACUACGUCCUGCAUUGAGAACAAGGACGAGCUGGAGGAGAAAUUUGAACGUUGUCAUAGUGUAUUACAAAAUUUGACAAAUGGACUGUCAGAAAAAGAAGCACAUGAUACAUUAAAUAAUGCAGUAUGUAAAGAUAAAACUCAUGAAGAAGUAUCACUUGGUUUGCUUGUUGUUAUAUUAACAGAUCCACAAGAAGCAUCAAAAAGUUAUCGUGAUUUAACACUAAUAACACGUGAUGGUCUUGCAAUUGUAUUAUGUCAUUUAAAUCAGUUGGUACUUGAGCGUUAUUUACGUUUAAAUGAUGUAUCAAGAAAUCAAUUAUUAUGGUUAUUACGUGAAUUAAUACGUACAAGUGUUACAAAUGUUGAUAAUUUAUGUUUAUCAUUAUUACGUCAUGCUGCUGGUGGUGAUACAUCAGCACAAAAUUUAUAUCUUGUUGAUGCAUUACUUGAUAUAUUUCAAGAUAAUCGUACAUGGCUUGAUAAAUAUCCAUUUUUAAUAGCAUCAAUUGUUUAUACAUAUCUACGUUUAAUUGAAGAUCAUAGUUCACCACGUUUAUUAUUAUUACGACAAAAAGAAGUUACAUUUACUGUAUGUUUAUUACGUGAAAAAAUGAUUGAUUGUUUAGUUAUUGGACGUGAUUUAGUACGUUUAUUACAAAAUGUUGCACGUAUUAAUGAAUUUGAAUUAUUAUGGAAAGAUUUAUUGACAAAUCCAAAAAGUAUAUGUACAAAUUUUACUGGUAUAUUACAAUUAUUACAAACACGUACAUCAAGAAGAUUUUUACAAUCACGUUUAACACCAGAUAUGGAAAGAAAACUUGUAUUUUUAACAAGUCAAGUUAGAUUUGGUAAUCAUAAAAGAUAUCAAGAUUGGUUUCAACGACAAUAUUUAGCAACAGCUGAAUCACAAUCAUUAAGAUGUGAUUUAAUUAGAUUUAUUGUUGGUGUUAUACAUCCAACAAAUGAAUUAUUAGGCUCAAAUAUUAUACCAAGAUGGGCUGUUAUUGGAUGGUUAUUAACAACAUGUACAUCAACUGUUGCUGCUAGUAAUGCCAAGUUGGCAUUAUUUUAUGAUUGGUUAUUUUUUGAACCAGAAAAAGAUAAUAUUAUGAAUAUUGAACCAGCAAUAUUAGUUAUGCAUAAUUCAAUGAAAACACAUCCUGCUGUUACUGUUACAUUAUUAGAUUUUUUGUGUAGGAUAAUACCAAGUUUUUAUCCAGCAUUAACAGAAAAAGUUAGAAAUGGAAUUUAUUCAUCACUUCGACAAAUAUUGGAAAAACGAGUAUUACAAAGUUUAUAUCCAUUGUUUGACAGUCCACAGUUGGAUCGUGAAUUACGCACUAAAAUACGUGAGACAUUUAAGGAAUUUUGUCUUCCACCAAAUACGGAUCCUGUUGUGGGUAAUAAGGUUCCAAUAUAUUCAGGUAAAAUGGAGGAGUUAAAUAAGGAUAUUGGUCCUGGUUUGAUGCUGGAUAAUACUGGAAAUUCAAAUGUGGAAAAUAAUCAUGUUGGACAAGAAAAUAAUGAUGGAGCAACAUUCAGUGAUGACGAUGAAGAUCUUCCAUUGAGGAUAGUAACAAAACCUGACGAGGAAAAUGAAAAAGAAGAUGAAGAAAAAAAAUUAAAAAUUAAAAAAGAAGACAUAAAAAAAGAAGAAAAAAAUAAAGAAAUAGAAGAAGAAGAAGAAGAUGAUGAAGAUACACCAUUAUCAAAAGUAAAACUAAAAAGAAAUAUAAAAUCAUCAUUAAAUUGUAGUUCAAAAAAAAUUGAAAUAACUAAAAAAUUAAGUAUUAAAAUUGAACCAGAUAAAUUAAAAACAAUUGUUGAACAAUUAUACAAUGAAACAGAUAAUGAAUCAAAAUGUCAAAUGAUGGAAAAAAUUGUACAAAUGAUUAUUGAAGAUGAUGUUAAUAAUGAUAUGAUAACACCAUUAACAACAUGUUUAUCAACAAUAUUAGAACCAACAAUAACAUCAUCAAUAUUUCCAUUUGAUAAUUUAAAUGAUGAGGCCUUGACUGACAGUAUAAGUACACCAAUAUUUGUUAUGUUUCGUAAUUUUUUUCAAUUAUCUAAAGAAGAAGAUAAUAGAAAAAAAUUUUUAUGUAAUAUAUUAAUUGAAUUACAAAAAAUACAACCAAAAAUUGGUUAUUUAUUACUUUAUUUUUUAAAAGUAUGGAGUAGAGAAGAAGAAAAAAGAGAAGGUUUAGAUAGUAAUGAAAUAAAAUCAUCUGUUUAUAAAGAUUUUUGUUCACAAAGAGAUAAAAAACUUGAGACAUGUAUUCUAAAUGAUUUAAAAAUAUGUCAUGAAGAUAAUGUUUAUCUUCUUUGUUACUUGGUACCUGACAUUUAUAAUGGUUUUGAAAAUAUUGCUAUUGGUAAUGCUCAACUACUUCAUCUUGUUGUAUCAACAGUUGAUUCAAAUCAAUUACAAGAAUUAAUAUGUCAAAUAAUGCAAGGACAAUUAAAAAUACUUGAAAAAGAAUCAUUAAUGAAUUUAUUAACUGCCAGUUUAAAUUGGGAAACAUUUGAACAAUAUUGUUUUUGGCAAUUAAUAUAUGCUCAUGAUUUUCCAAUUAAAUAUGUACUGCCAAUUUUACCAAAAUUACAAUAUCGUGAUCAUGCUGAAGCAUUAACAGCAAUAUUAUUUAUGCUUAAACAAGAAAGACCAACUCUGGAAUUAAUAAAACAAUUAUUUAUACGUAAAUAUUGUGAUGGUGAUGUGUUUGUUGUAUCUGCAUUAAGAUAUUGGUGUCGUGAUUAUGAAGAUAAAUUAGCUGAAUUAUUAGCAAAUUUAUUAAGUACACGUUAUCCAGCAACAUCACCAAAUAAACGAAAGCGUGCAGCAUCAAAACAAAAUCAACAAGCAUCUGGACCACCAACUGGUGAACAAAUAUUAAAUCAUUUAGAUCAAUUACGUCAACAUUGUCGUGCAACAGCUGAUUUACAAAUAUAUCAAAAUGAUAAUAUGCAACGUGCAUUACAACAAGCACAAACAUCAACAACAGAUACAUUACGUAAAAGUUAUGGUGAUUUAUUUGCACUUGCUGAAGUUAAUGAAGAAAAUGAACCACCACCAACAUCAAGUUCAUCACGUAAACAUGCUGCAUCAACAGCUGCCAAAGGACAUAGAAGAGUUGGUGCUAGUACAAGAGAAAGAUCAGCAAAUAAAAGACCACCACCAAGAGACAGAGGAACUGAAAGUAGUGAACAAAGUAGUGAGGAGGAUAUUAUUGCAAAACCAAAACAAGCAAAAAAAAGAAAAAAGGUUAAUCCAGUACAUUCGGACAGUGACUGACCACCCAGUGUCUUUAUGACUAAAUAUGACGUUAAUAAAAAAUAUAUAUAUUCAAUGUGAAAUGUCAACUAACAACUGUAAGAUUAUGGGCCAAGGUAUGCAGAGACAUAUUAACACAUUUACACAGACAACGCACACAUAAAUAAAAUGACAAUUCGAAAAAGUCACAACUACUUUUUUGCAAUUUUGCCAAGGUACCAAACAACUUUUUUUUUUUUUUUUUUUGUUAUUUUAAGUGGGAAAAAAAUAAAAAUAAAUAACGUUUAGUAAAAUAAUAUAUAGUUAACUUUGUGAUGGUCAUAAUGGAGAGGCAAAUUUAAUAAUUUAAAGUGGAG